UGUGUGUGCUAUAUUUUAGUAAAGCACGCACCAGAUUGAAGUAGACGGACCACUGGCUCAUCUUCUUCUUCUUCUUCUUCUUCUUUAAUCUCCGAUCCAUAUCUCCCCCCUUCUUCUACUGCUGCAGAAGCUCCACAGCACUAUCAAAUGGCGAAGACUUCGUGGUUUCUUAUUUUUCUUCCACUUCUCUUCCUCUCUUCUGCUUCUGCUGAUGCUCACAUAAAAGUUACCGAUAAUCCUGCGGACCAGUUAGUGGCCGUAAUAAACAAAAACAGAACCGACCACAAGUCAUCAUCCCUUCGUGACAAUCAAGGCCUGGCCUGCAUUGCCCUUCAGUACAUUAAAGCAUAUCAGGGUGAUUGUGGUAAAGUAGGGGGGUCUGAUGCCAGUAAGCCUCCCGAUUCUCAAUUCGCUGAAACUUUUGCCCCCAACUGUGGUGUUCAGGUCUCAACCCUUUCUCCAAUUACUGGUCGUUUUCUUGGCUGCCAGUCUCAUUAUGUCAGUCCUUCUGAAGCAUUUUCGGAAAUCCUGAUGAAAGACGAGAAGAGCUUGCAAAUACUGUAUGGUAAGAAUCACACUGAAGUUGGAGCCGCUGUGGCUGGUAGUGAUGGUGGAGCUCCCUAUUUCUGGUGUGUUCUGUUUAGCAAUGGCAAAAGUAACAGCAGCUUCGUUUUAGAGGGAGGCGCGGCUAAGAUAAUGAAAUUUGGAUGCUUUAGCGGUGCUAAUGACGUAUGCAGCAGUGCCAAUGAUUGGUCUCGAAGCGGGCUAAUGUGGUCGGCUUUCUCCGCUACUUUGGUUGCAGCUGGGUAUGCCUUUUUUGGUUUAUGAUCAUGUCUUGUAAGAAACUUGAACUGUUCUGCACUUGAUUUGAGGAACUCUUUUGUUCCAUCUCAGUUAUUGGCAUGGAUCAGUUAUUUGUUUGAUGUUUUCUUAUUUUGAUUGAAUUUAGAGUCUUAAGUGCGAGAUAUACGCCAUUCAUUUUCUUCAGUUUUCCUUCACAUGUAAAAUUAUAAAUUACUUGGAUUGUCCAAUGAUGCUGAAUUUUUUAUUACAUUUGUUAUCCAGAAAAAGGGCCAUCUAUCCCUUUUAAUAUUAUGUAAGAAGUGACGCAGCAUUCAGUAGUAAAAUGUUCUUUCUUAUA